CACGAGUUCGGGUAAAACUUACCUAAACCUAACCCUAAAAGAAACUUGCGUUGAUUCGCGCUUCUCUUCUUUUUUUCUUUUUUGCUCUUUCUUUUUAUUGUUCACCAUCCAUCUUCUGUUCCCGGCACCUCGUCCUUCCUCUCGCGCCAUGCCGCCACCUCGACUAGUUCAGGCUUCCGCCGCCACCGUGACAAGUGGAGAGUGAUUUGAUGUGAUACUGUGGCAAUUUUACAUGACGUGUCACGUAGGGAAAUCAGCUUAUGUGGACAGUUCAGAAAGAGAAAUUAAAGUCAGUGGUAAAUUGAAGAAGCGAAAUUAGGGUUCGUGGAAGAGGCGAAAAUCUGGUGCGAAGAGGAAAGUUAUAUAUAUAUUCGAGGAAGAAUUUGGGGAUUAGUAUUGAACAAAUUAGGGUUCGAGGAGGAAGCGAAAAUCAUUGAAUCAAUGUAUUAGGGUUCGCGGUCUCCUUCGGUGCGACAAAGGUUCGUCGCUGUGUUCGUAGUGGGACGAAAUCGAAGGUUUGGGAUGUGUGACGAUAGAUUUGAGGUGGUGGUCCACCAUGGGGGAUACUUUGAAAGGAAUGAAGGUAGGUGGAGUUAUAGUAAUGGGUUAACGUCCACGUUGGCGUGUGACCCAGAUAGGUGGAGCUUUUUUGAAAUAAUGGGAAUACUUAGGGAAAUGGGUUAUGUAAACAUUAAAGAUUUGUGGUAUAAUGUUAGUAGCUCAGAGGUAUUGGAGAACAACUUGAAAAUUUUGAAUGAUGACAUGGGUGCAAUGCAAAUGGUUAGAAUUGCUAGAAGGAAUGGGCAGGUUCAUAUGUAUGUUAAUCACUCAAUUUGUGAAGCUGAGGUUGUGGACAAUUUUUUGGAAUACUUUCUUGAAGAGGUGGUUGCAGAAAUAGGAACUACAAAUGUUGAGGUCCAGGCUGAGGUGGAUGGGCACAGUGGUUGUGGCGAUGGAGAUCACAUUAAUCCUGUGCAGGAUAAUAAUGUUGUCCAUGAAGCUGAAAUGCAACAGGAUAUGGAAUAUGAAUUGGAAGAUGACGCAGAUAGUCACCAUAACAUUAGGGUGGAGCCACAAACUGAAUUUGAGGAAACUGGAGUUGAUGUAGUAGUUGAAGGUGAUGAAACUGGAGCUGAUGGACUAGGUGUAGAUAAGGAAACUGGAGUUUGUGCAGAAGGUGAUGAAGUUGGAGAUGAUGGAGUAGGUGUAGAUAAGGAAACUGGAGUUGGUGCAGAAGGUGAUGAAGCUGGAGGUGAUGGAGUAGGUGUAGAUAAGGAGACUGGAGUUUGUGCAGAAAGUGAUGAAAUACCCCCUAGGUAUUGGUCAAAGUCAAGGUUCAUCCCCAGACCUUUGUGUGACACACUCGUCAAUAACAUGAGCGAGGCAUUCAACAGCGUAAUUGUACAAGCAAGGAGCAAGCCAAUAGUGUCCAUGAUGGAGGAAAUACGUCUUUAUAUGAUGCAAAGAUGGGCUGAGAAUCGAUCAAAGGCAAAAUCAUUCAAAAACUCAAUAUGUCCAAGAAUCAAGACAAGAUUGGACAUUGAAACAAAAAAUUCCACGAAUUGGAUUCCCAGCUGGUCAGCAAAUCAGAUUUUUGAGGUUAGGCACAAAUCAUUUACUGGGGAGAAAUUUGUGGUGAACAUAGACAGCAAGCACUGCACCUGCAGGAAGUGGAGUCUAACAGGGAUACCUUGUUGUCAUGCAGUGGCUGCAAUUAAGUUUCUGAACUUAAGUGAAGAAGAUUUUCUCCCUCAUUGGUUCAGAAUCUCAACCUAUGAAGAGACCUACAAUUCCAUCAUAUACCCUUGUAAUGGGCAGCAAAUAUGGACUGAAACAGAAUUUCCAGAUGUAUUGCCCCCUCCUAAACGAAUUCUACCUGGAAGACCCAAAAAGAAAAGAAGACUUGAAGCUUGGGAGAUGAACAAGAAUGGGAAGCAGAUUACAAAACAUGGCAUGACUAAAAAAUGUAGCAUAUGCAAAGAAGUUGGUCAUAAUCGAAAAAGUUGUCCCCAACAACCUCAACCAGCACCACCAACUCAGCCAACACCAUCAACUCAGCCAACACCAUCAACUGAAACAGCACCACCAAUUGCAACAGCAGUAGGAAGUCAGCCAACACCACCAACUGAACCAACACCACCAACUCAGCCACCACCACCAACACCUAUGACUCAACCAACUCAGUCAUCACAACAGCCACCACCAACACUUAUGACUCAACCAACUCAGUCAUCACAACAGCCACCACCAACACUUAUGACUGAACCAACUCAGUCAUCACAGCAGCCACCACCAACACCUAUGACUCAACCUACUGAGUCAUCACAGCAGCCACCACAGUCAUCACAGCAGCCACCACAGUCAUCACAGCACCCACACCCAUGCCACCUUCCAAUUCCUCGUCCAACCAUACCCAAUAGAAGGCAGAAACUGUAGCAUAGGAGACGACGUGUGUGGAAGCCAUGAGGAUUACUUAUGCUUUUUUUUAUGCUGCACGAUUUGUUUUGGAGCUUUGAUGUAUUAUGCAGCUUUUACAUUUCUAAGUCAAGAAUAUUAUGCAGCUUUUAGAUUUCUAAGACAAGUAUGUUUUGUCCACUUUUAAUUUACAUGUUUUACAUUGUAAGUUCAAAAGUCCAAAACACUAUUGGAUGUCUUUUGUGCUGUAACAGCAAGUACAAUGAUGUGUUUCUAUAAUAUUGGCUUAUGAUUGAAAAA